GACGGAAGUUUGAAUCGGACUCGGGGGCUUUCUGCAGCUGGAGGGGCAGCGCGGCGGCCGCGACCUCGGCGAGUGCAAGCAGCGGCGCCCCGGCGACCCGCCCACCCAGCCUGGACCCCGGGCCGCCGCCGGCCGCUCGCGCUCCGCCACCGCUCGCGUGCCCCGCCGCGGGUCAGCAGCCCCCCGCGCGCCCGCGGCCCCCGCAGCCUCCGGGCGAGGGAGCCGAGCCCCCGCGCCGCGCCCCGGCCCCGCUGCGCCAGCAUGUCCUCGACGGAGAGCCCGAGCCGCCCAGCGGACAAGUCGCCGCGCCAGCAGGUGGAUCGCCUGCUCGUGGGGCUGCGCUGGCGGCGGCUGGAGGAGCCGCUGGGCUUCAUCAAAGUUCUCCAGUGGCUCUUUGCUAUUUUCGCCUUCGGGUGCUGCGGCUCCUACAGCGGGGAGACAGGAGCAAUCGUUCGCUGCAGCAACACAGCCAAGGACGUGAGCUCCAUCAUCGUCUUGUUCGGCUAUCCCUUCAGGUUGAACCGGGUCCAGUAUGAAAUGCCCCUCUGCGACGACGAUUCCACCUCCAAGACCAUGCACCUCAUGGGGGACUUCUCUGCCCCCGCCGAGUUCUUCGUGACCCUGGGCAUCUUUUCCUUCUUCUACACCAUGGCUGCGCUGGUGUUCUACCUGCGCUUCCACGGCCUCUACACGGAGAACAAGCGCUUCCCGCUGGCGGACUUCUGCGUGACCGUCUCCUUCACCUUCUUCUGGCUCGUAGCUGCAGCUGCCUGGGGCAAGGGCCUCACUGACGUCAAGGGGGCCACGCGGCCGUCCAGCCUGACGGCCGCCAUGUCCGUGUGCCACGGAGAGGAAGUGGAGUGCAGCGCGGGGGCCACGCCCUCCAUGGGGCUGGUCAACCUCUCCGUGCUGUUCGGCUUUAUCAACUUCUUCCUAUGGGCCGGGAACUGUUGGUUUGUGUUCAAGGAGACCCCAUGGCACGGGCAGGCCCAGGCCCAGGGCCAGGCUCCCAGCCAGGAGAGCACGGCCGAGCAGGGAGCCGUGGAGAAGCAGUGAGCAGCCCCCACCCGGCUGCUCCGGAACAGGACAGCAACCACCUCCGGCUUCCAGGACCGCCCUCUUCUUCCUCCUCCACCUCCCCUCCCCCGCCAUCCUGGGCUUUGAGCUUUGAGAAGUCGUCGUCGUCCUCGUCGACGGACGGAUGGGCAGGCAGCAGCUGUCGGAAACCUGGGCAGCCCUCCCAGGGGCUCCCUGUCCCUCCUCUUGCUGGAGCCCCGGAUGGGAUGGCAGGAACUCAGUGCUGCUUGUCUUCUGCCCGGACCCAGGCACCUUACUUGGGGGCGUAGGGCGCCUCACAGCCUCCGCCGCGGUCGAGGGUUGGAGGCAGGAGACCAGAGUCCUGAGCCUGGUUCCCAGCAGCCACUUCUAUCAACCUGUCAAUAAAAGUGGGGGGAGGGGAAGCUGGCUGGCAGCCUUCUCCCUGGUCCCUUGCGCGGAGGGCCCACCAGCGGCUUAGUGACCCCGCUUCAGUGGCUGCCGUGCGCGCCCCACAGGCGCGGGGCCCCAGACAGCCCUAGCUCAGUGUGCUUCCCACUCUCCUCCGGCCUCUGCCUGCCCGUGGGGCCCAGCUCGUGUCAACCCAGGAGGCCACUAGCCUGCAAGAGAGCCUUCAGAGGGUCCUGAGGCGGCCUUAGGCUCAGUGGGGAGCAGACACGUUGCAACUGCAUUGAAAUUCAAGAAACUAAAGCCAGGAAACUUGCCGGGGAGUCAGUUUCUUCUAUUCCCUCAGGGCCCGGCCCCUCCAAGCUGGGGCACUGUCCACCAACACUCUAAGCUCACCCUGGCCCUGAACUCCUUGCCUCCCUCCCCGUCCUCCUUCCUCGGCUUGGUCUCACACCCGGGACACAACAUGAGGGGCCAGGAGCAUCUCCAUCUCAGACCUCCUCCAACCUCUCUGCCCAUGUCCGCCCACCCUCCCCCCACAGCCCCCUGGGUCAGGCAUUCAAGAUCCCUCUCCAAGUCUAGCCAGGCCUUCUUUUCAUUCCUGUGGGGCCAGAGAGGGACUCUGGAAGGGCCCAAAGGGCCAUCGUGAGGCCAAGCUGCCCCAGGACCUCAGGCCAUGGAUGGAUGGGCCCAUUUCUUCCUCAUCCUCUGCCCCCCACCCCACAGUCCCCCAGUCCCCGGCCCCUUUCACACGUCCCCUUCUCACCUUCACAAAAGGACGUGCCCUCUCCCUGAGCCCCCCAUACCUCCCCUGCUGCUUCAUCUGUCCCAGGCUCUCUCCCCACACCCGGUCCAGGGAAGGCCGAUGCCAUUGGUGCUUCUUCACUUCGGGACCCAGUUCCAUAAGUCUUUGGCAUGUCUCCUCUUUCUGAUGCCUCCUUCGGUCCCUCUCUGGACCCCAGGGUCUAAGACUCAGUGCCGACUACCCAGCCCUACCCAGCCUGCCCUGGCCACAGGGCUGCCCAGGGCGGGAUGAAGAAGGUUGAAUCCAGCCACUUUCCAAUCCGGUGCCCAUUAUCAUCACAAAGGCGAAAGCGCCCUGUGCCAAUCUCUCUUCAGGACUGAGUCACCCCCUCCAACCUCCUCACCUCCCUAAACAUCAGUCAAAGGAACAUGUGCCUUACGGGCCACCCAGGAAGUCAGGACUUUUGCCUUUGGGCCAAUCAUUUCUUCUUUGGGUCAGAAUUCCCCUGCCUGACAGUGGAGUGAGAGGUUUACAUCCUCAAAUGCUCGAGUCCUUCGGUGCAAGAAUUAGAUGUUUUUCUCCCUUUUCUUCAAUUUGGGGGAAGGGAUUUGAGGAGGGAAGAGAGGAGAUGGGAUGAGUGUUUCUAAGUCUGAAACUCUGUCCCUGAGCUGUCCCCAUGUUUACUCAAGGACAAGGAGGGACAGUUUUGCCUGCAGCUCCGGAGAAACCGAGAACAAAAGGGUGACUUCAUUUUUCUUCAGGCUGGCCCCUAUGGGGGUCUGUGAGCAGCUUCUACUGGAACUUUGUUUGGAUUUUGUGUACGUAUUUAUAAUUUCUUUGCAAUGUGAUGGAUAAAGUGCUCUCAUUUAGGGGCUGAAGUUAGCAACUGGCCCAUCACUGGGGAAGGGGAGUAGGUGGGCGUGUGCUCCUGCCAAGGACUCCUAGCCCAGAACUUUCCCUGGAGCAAAGAAGUCUCUUUCUCCUCCAAAGACUAGCUUGUUCUCAGCCAGGAGAGCCCUGACUUAGGUGAUACCCUCUCCCACUUAGAGGAAAGACUACUUCACCUCGUACCUCCGGAGGGCUGGGCUAGGCCAAGUGCCCGAGGGCAGGGCUGUCCUCAUAGCAUUCCUGUCCCCUCCAACCCGGGCUGGCAGCACCGCUUUGCCUAGUGGGGCCAGAGGUAGAAGAACGUGUCUGGUUUCUCCAGUUGCUGCAGGAGGCCAACAGGCAUGGCCCUUUGCCCUAGUAACUCUGAAUAGCACCCUCCCACCCCCAUCCCCCAGGCUGCCUACUUCUGUCCUUUCCUGAAUAGGAGUACCCUCCACCACCAUGGUCAUAGGUCUCCUACCUCUGGGACUGCAGACCAGGGGUGGGGGGAGAUGUUGCAUGUUGUUUUCUGGUGCUUGUUAUUACACAUUGGAAUAAACAGUGCUUCAAGCAUUUGCCACGAAGAA